GACGUCACAGGGCUCCGCCUUUCUGCGGUUUUCACCUGGGUUGGGGUGUUGCGCAUUCUGCGAAAAGGGGCUGCCAGCAUCCCAAGCUCCAUCAGCCUCUCACUCACGCACCCCCGGCCUGCUUGAUCCCCACUGGGAGUCCCCUGUGUGUAGGAGGAGGUGAGAAGUGGAUUCUUCUGAUUACUAUUUUACUCACUGGUUCUAGGAUAUCACGACUUUCAGGUAGACCAAGGAUUUUUAAAUUAUCUCACUUUGAUCUAUUUUCCAGGUAGAUUCUCACGUCUUUUAUAUGGUCUACAAUUACUAGUCCAAGAAAGAAACAUCACAGCUCUAGCUCUUUGAGUCACGAAUCCUUACCCUGCACUGAUGGCCACCGACAAUGCUGCCAACAGCCCACCAUAUCGGAUCCUGGUCCGGGUGUCUGAGAAUUUCUUUGAAAUGGAGAAGAAACUACAAAAGUAUUUCCAGAACCCAUGGAAGUCUAGGGGAGGCAAGUGCAAGGUCAAAGCUGGUCCCACUGAAGACACUUUCUGGGUAGACUUUUAUAAAAGACAAGCCAAGGAAGGAGUGAUAGCAAAGAGAGAUCAUUCUAUAAACAUCAGUGAUUCAAAUGAUACAUCAUCACAUGUGGACAUCUUCAUAGAAACAAAUGAAAACCCAGAAGAGAACAAUACUUUGGAAACAAGUCAGAUUUUCUCUCAGAUUCAGUCAAUCCCACAGGAAUUUCCAGAUGAGAAGCACUCAGAAGAAGAAGUUGCUACCAGCUCCUAUGAUUUCUUCAUUCAAAAGAUAUUUUUUCAUGUGGAAGCCCAGCUGACUUUCAAGCUUUCUAUAGAGCUAAGGAAGUUAAUUAUUAGCCUCUGUCCAGAUAUACAAAUAGAGGGAGGCCGUUAUGGACCUGAAAGACUGAUUGGUGACUAUGAAGAUAUUGGAAAAAUUUAUCAGUUCUUAAGGGAGAAGAUGCUGGGAAAUGACAAGAAAAAAAAAUUGUCUUGCUCAGCCUCAGCAGAAGAAAUUGAAGAAAUCGAAGAAAUUGAAGAAAUUAUAAGAAAUGACUGCAACAGUCUUGUUCUUUACUCAAGCCCAAAACAAAGGCUAGAAGACGAACUGGACCUUAUUUCAGUUCCUGCACAUUUGUUUGAAUAUUUCAAAUAUGUCUUUGCUGAUACUCUAGGCAGAAUAGAGACUGAGAAUCAAGUUCAAAUCAAAAGUGCUUUUUCAUGUCCUAUUGGCAAUGUGUAUUUAGACUUCAAGACAAGUAAGUCAUGGGACAGACAAUUGGCUCAAGACGCUUUUACCAGAGCAUUUCAGAGGGAAAUACAGAAUGUGUCCCAUCAGGAUGUUCAUUUCCCAGAUAAUAAGCUGGUACUUGAAAUGCAAAAAUCACUGACUCAAACAUUUCAUAACAUCCAUGUUAAAGCUGAAGAAAAAGACUUAAUCCUCUGGGGAAACCCAAAGGAUAUUUUAGAAGCUCAACAUUUCAUUGAAGAAAACUUCUCUCAGAAACAACCUGAAGAGGAAACGAUGGUUUACCCAAACCUGAAGAAUGGAAUUGAGGUUGAAACCUCUCUCUGGCGUCUUCUGGGCCAAGAAAUCAGAGAAAUAGAGAAAACAUAUUAUACUGUAAUGGAAUUGGUAAACAAACCCAAAACUGGGAAAACACUCAUUGUAUUUAAACCAAAAGACAAAGAUUUAGACCUCUCUGCACAUGCUUAUGAAGAUUUCAUUGAUCUCUUUCAGAUGCUCUUGCCUCAGAUCAUCAAAGAAGUAGUGAUUCUGAAACCAAUAGAUCAGAAGAAAAAGGCUCGGAUUGAAAAGGCAUUAUUUGAAAACCUGGAAAGAAAGCAUUCCCAUGUGAACAUCGAAUGGAAUAAACCAGAACUGACACUGACUGGUUUGCCCAAGUACCUUGAAAAAGCAAUGAAAUACAUUAAGAGAUAUUACAAAAUUGAACAUCCUCCUCAGCAGAGACAAUUCUCUCUUCCUUGGAGAGAAUUAGAGUAGAUACUCCAAAUCUUUCUUGGACAAAAAUGGUAAUGAUUUCAAAGAUGGCUGGAUCUCCCUCUAGUGGAUUGCUUAACUGUUGGGACUUAAGAAAAGAGGAGUGUGCCAUCUCUCUAGAAAUCAUUCACCAUAAAAGUCCUCCCAAAGUAUAAGCAUGAGUUCUGUGACCCUUGUAUCAGACAGGCAAAUAUGUCAGUGUGCUCUGUAUGUCAGAUUUCCUAUUAUAUCAUGAAAGGAAACAAUGACAAGUACUUACAGGAUUUCUUCAUUUCUAGUUUGUAAUUCAUGUGACAAUAUUCUGUUUCAUUAUCACAGGCAUGAAGGCAUAUAGACAGAAGAUCAUCCCAAAUCAAGAAAAUGUUAGAAAGGAACAAGAUGGUUGUCAUACUUGCCCAAAUAAUGUGAAGGAUGGCAGGUUUUCUAUUUCCUCAGAAGGACUUUUGACCAAAGGCUGUUUACUCACAACAGGACAGUCUCAGACAUCAGGAUUCAAGGAUGCGAUCACCAGGAAUGGUAUUCACAACGUUAUACAAUUUUGGGCCAGAAAACUUUGGUUACCAUGGUCUCAGCUAUCUGCAACAAAUUAAGCUGGAAUUGGAGGUGAAAGAAUUGAGUAAGAGUCUCGAUUUCAAGGAUGCCUUGAAAGCUGGGCUUACAAAAACUGUAGUUGUGGAAAGCAAUCAGAGCAAUCAUUAAAAUGUGUGUUUAGAGAAAAAUAAAAGAAUUCGAGAAGAAAUUAGUUGUUUAGGUAUGAGUGGGAUGAACUUCUGUUAACCUGUCUAAUUUCUUGGUGUUUUAAAGUUUUUAUUAGACAAACUGAGAACCCAGUAGUAAUGUAAAAAUUGCUCUAGUGAGCACCCAAAGUGUACUUCUCAGUACUUUCCUGCUUGUCUCCAUUUUGCUGUCACCAGGGAUGCUGGAGUUAAGGAAUCUUCCAUUGUCCCACUUGUACAUAUGAUGACUGACCCUCAGAACCAUUCCUAUUAUUUGUGAAAAGCUGUUGGUGCCCUGAGAACUCACCAGAACUAGCUCCCUUCUAAUUGGAAUGAUAGCCAGGAACAUUCAAAAAGAUUGAAAACAUCUUGACAAAAGUUAUAGUCUCAAAAUACUUACAUUAAUCCUUCACAUCAGAAAGAAACUAUCCAUCCUUAGGGUUCUGGCAAAUUUAAUAUAAAUUGAAGAGUGAAGAAAGCUAUUUCUGUCUUAAUUAAAAUCUAGUGACAUCCAGUCACUUUCAGGAGCAACUAGAAAGCUUGUGGCAUUCAGAGCUCUUCAUAACCUUUUCCCUUCCUUCACUCCCCCACUAUGGACUCUGUGCUUUAGUGAUACUGGCCUCCUUGACAUUCUCUGCACAAGAAAUUCCACCUUUCUGGAUUGUGCAUUUUCACUGUAUAUCCCCAUGCCUGAAAUUCUUUCAGUAUUCAAUUUGACGUGCUGGUUUUUCUAUGCCUUCUUUCUAGUCCUACCUAAAAUCCUACCUUCUACAGGAAGACUUUCCCAAAUCCCCUUAAUACUAGUGCUUUUCCUGUGUGGAUUAUCUCCAAUUUGUCUUAUAGAUAGGUCGUUUGUACAUAGUUGUUUGCAUAUUGUCUCCCCUAUUAGACUUUGAACUACUUGAGAGCAGAGGCUCGUUUUGCCUUCUUUUGUUUCCCCACCACCUAGCACAGUGCCUAGAAUAUAGUAGGUACUUCUACUCAUUGAAUAACUGAUUUUGGGCAGGUUGAUUGACCUGGAAAACACUUUCUUGAUUAAAAGACAAGUGGCAUUGGUUUGUUUACUGCCCUGAUCUUCACAUUCCUAGCUCCCCCUUUCAGGUGUACCUUGUGGCAAUUGUUCUGUUUGUGUAGUCUUGGUGAAAACACAUUUAUGCCCAAAUAUUUUCUGACUUUAAACCUCCAGAAAAUUGUCUGCUUAAUUUGCCAUUGUUCAAGAUUUCCCCUCAAAAGUGUACUUGUAGUGCAACAGAUAAAAUGUCUAUUGAUCUCUGAAUGAGUCUAUCUUUGUAUUUGCUUUAAAAACUAAACAAAAAUAUUUAUUAGAAGCUUAUAUCCUGGAUCCUGUGGCAUUGCUUAGAGAAGGAAAGAGAACUUGUGAUACAGAGAGGUUCGUUUCCGAGUUAGGAACAGCUUAUUCAUUGAUAACAAUGCCAGUUACACCCUAUUGUCCUUGUAUGGAAUGUUAAAUAUUAUAGCUCAAAUGAAUUGUAGUUGGGUCUUUAAAUAAUUGAAUCAUCUUGAUUUGAUUGUAUGCUUAUGUCUGAGGAGAUGUGAUUUAAUGACUGUGUGAGAUGCUUCUAAUAAAGUCAAAACUAUAUGAUCAGAAAAAA